UCACGCACUGCAGCCUCGAACCUUUGGCACACCUCCGCUGUAUAAUCCGGAGUGCCAGCACUGUCCCUUAUAUCAACCACACGGUGACGUUCACCUGCCGUUAUGAGUCAGGACACAGGGCGAAGAAAUCCCCGAGGCCGACAAGACGACGAAAGGCCCCUUUAAACCGACGAGAGAGAGAGAGAGAGAGAGAAGAGAGAGACAGAGAGAGAGAGAGAGAGAGAGAGAGAGCGAGCUGAUAAACAACAACACCGGACAGAGAAGCUGCUUUUACCGGAUUCAACGAUACUGCGGCCUCGCUGGAGAAGAGGUGAGGUAGCUCUUUACAUAUUUACAGGAUUUUUUUGAGAGAUUACAGAAUGAGACUCAAGUUCAUUUAGAUUUUUGAAGCCAGGAGCCAGUUUGGCACAAUGAGUGGGUCAGUACCAUAGACACGCUGCUGUGUGUGCUGUUAACCCACUGUCACGGUCAUGUGAGGCGGUUUACCUGUUCACCUGUUAGAUGAUACUGGAGCGGAAAUAAAAGGGAACAUCGCUUAUGUCAGGGGAAACAGCGGGGGAAGUGUUUGUGUGCAUUCUCCGGACUCUGGCCGCUCUCUGACGUAUCAGGGCUAUUUUUGACGGACAUAUUCACUCUCUCCCACAGGCUGCCAGGACUUUCUCCCGAUUCUUCUCCUGAAUUUUAUCGUCUGUUCUCCAUACAUUCAUUGUUUAAUACCAUUGCGGAAGUGAGAAGGUCCUCGACAGGACACAGGGCUUAGGCAGUGCUGACAUCUAGCGGCCGAUCAGUAGAACUGCUCCAUCAGUGGAGAUGUACGGAGCUUCAGGGAUCCCGGAGCUCAUCCCACCCAGUGGGCCGCCACGACAACCCGGCCCGGUGGGGCAGUUCAACCCGGGACAUCCGCAAGUUAACGGACACGGAGGUGGAGCCAACCCACAGAGGCUCGGACAGAGGGCUCCAAAGCUGGGCCAGAUCGGUCGCACCAAGAAAGGUGAGUGACCAGUACCGUUAUUAUUAUUAUUAUUAUUAUUAUUAUUAUUAUUAUUAUUAUUAUUAUUAUUAGGGCCCGAGCCCAGGCCCUCUUGUUAUUAUUAUUAUUAUUAUUAUUAUUAUUAUUGUUUUUGUUGUUGUUGUUGUUGUUGUUUUUUGUUGUUGUUGUUGUUGUUUAUUUAUUUUCUUAAAUUGCGCAGUAUCUGACUGUAAACUCAUUUCAAAGUCUAUCUCUAGAUUAUUUUAAAACCACAACCAUAAUUUAUCUGUCAAGAGUGGGGACAACAUUCUUUUGUCAAUUUAUGAUAGUUAACUGUGUGAAAACAGACAUUUGUGUUGGUAUUUUUAUCCAAUAUGUGUAUUUUUCUAAUUAGAACUAUCACUAAAACAGGGAGUAGCUUUUGUGAUUUGUCUCUAAAAUACAGUUUUUAAUACCUGGGGACUGAAGCCCAGCAAGGCUACAUAUAGUAUAAUCUGUAUGCUAAUUAUUUCCUUUUGUUGGGAGCUUAUUUAUGUGGUAAAAGUAGAAAUAAUAUUGUGUUGAAUGUUUGAGCAAGCAAGUCUCUCCUUCAGACACAUUUUUGUUGUACUACGAUGACUCCUCUUUUAGACAUACACAGACCAUAAUAUGAAGAAACAAAUUUUUACCUCAGGCACAUGUAAUCAGCGAAAACACAUCAUGAUAUCUCAGUUUAAACAUGUUAGGCGCUCAGAGGUGCAUUUACGAUCUGAUCUGAUCAGUUCAAAGCAAUUGUGUUUCCUAAUAUUUGAACAAAACAUAUUUCUGUAGUUACCCCAGGCUACUCUUUUUCUUAGAAAGAGUAGGUAAGGUGAAGAUAAUUGAAUUUAUUCCCAAUAGUUGCAUCAUCAGUAUAAGCAUGCCUCUGUCCAUGGGUGGUUUUGUUUUCUGAAGGUGAUAUUUUGAUAAUUAGCUGAUCCAUCUGACGUGAACCAAAAGUAAGGACUGACCUGUUUUUGAGGCCAUGACUCUUCCCUAAACCAAACCAAGUAGGUGUGGUGCCGAAACCCAGACAGAAGGCUGGCAGACAGGUCUGAAAGCAUUCAGACCUGUGUGAGCAACUGUGUGAGCAUUCAGUUUAAAGGGAUAGUUCACUUUUUUAUUUAUUUUAUUUUUUCAAGUGUGGUUAUAUGCGGUUCUGCUCAAUAAUACAUAUUUUAUCCGCAGAGGUUGGCCCAUCUGCUCUGACUCUUUGAUUUUUUUAUUUUUAUAUAUUAAUUUGGGUGUUUUUGUCUUCAAUAGACAGAAGUGGUGAAAAGGGACAGGAAAUGAGUCAAACCAGCAACCGUCACACAGAAGGCUAAAGCCUCUGUUCAUUGGGUGCACACUUAAAAUGCACAGCCAAUCAGCGCCCUAGCUCAGAAACAGCCCAGAGAAGCUUAAACAGAGACAAAGCUAGGCUGUGAGACGAACUGCACAAUGUCAUUUAGCUUAAGAAACUCUGACACAAACACUGAUGAUGUUAUAAGCAUGAACUAUGUUUAGACAUUUUUGUCAGAAAGUUGUUUGUUUUUACACUUUUCUUGACUGUGGAUGAUUUGAGUCCCCCUUCCUGUAACACACUGAACUUUUUAAGAGUCACUCACCUAUAAGUGUAAUUGUAUUUCUUUUUGAAGCUCAUAGAUGAUCAUGAUCAUUGUGUGUGUGUGUGUGUGUGUGUGUGUGUGUGUCCUGAUGCCCAGUCCUUACUAAUAUUGGUGUUAAUACCACUUUUCUCUUCAUUGUCAGUGAUCUGAUGGAAAAAGUUCUGGGUCAUGUUUAAAAAGAGCAUCUAAACUCAAAUGCCAACAUUCCUGACCUUUGACCUUUCCUCCACAGUGGACCUGGAGGAUGAAGACCUGGAUGACAUCAUGAACAACAAUGGCCAGUGUCCUGUAUCCUUGUCUCCUAUCUCCUAAACUUCACCACGAAGUGCCAAAAAAAAAGAAAAUCCUGUGGGAUGCCAAAACCCCCCUGUCAGCGAUCUUGGCCUGGAGCUUGUGACGUGUCCUUACAGAAGCCCACAUGGCUCAUAAAGGCACAAAAACAGCUCACUUAGCGCCAGCUGAAGCCCUUAUUGUACAUAGUGUUUAUUUAACUUCACUUUGGUUGGACUGAAUGAAAUGUAAUGCAUCACCCUCUACUCUAUACCUCGGUCGGCAGUAGGACAUCAGGAAUGAAGAAGAUUUAGAGACAGUCUGUGUGAUUUUCAAGGGCUAUGUUUUUAAAGUUGCACUGAGCGGGUCAUUAGACAGGAAGGGGGGUUUGUGAUGGAACACAAGCCUGUUAAUGUGUACCACACGGGUGAAAUGUUAAGCUUUUGGAUGUGCAAUGACUAUCACUCUCUUCUCUCACUCUGACGAUGCAAGUGGUGUCCUAUUACCCAGCCAAUGAAAGCUCGCUAUUUACAGAAAAAGACAAACUACUGCUUAUUAUUUAUUGUUCCAAAAAAACUGAGACGAAGCAGUUUGUCAUGUUGUUAUUGCUUCUUUGUGUUUUCUAACUUAUGUCUGGAUCAGAAAUCUAUUACUGAGUUUAAUUGUUUCUAAAUGGUGCACUUUGUGGGAAUGCCUGUUAUGUGCAGUGAUAUGUUGCAGAACUCUAUGCAUGGACUCUGUUGAAGCAUCAAAACACGUAACUGGUAUCCUUGUAUUAAGGGCUAUGUUGUAGUAUAUCACGCUGCACCACCGUUAUGCUACUAAGAUCAUGCAGAGUUGAUAUUUUUCAGUGCGUUGUUGACUCAGCAGAAAAAUAUCACUCAAAAAUACAAACAAUCAAAGAUAUGUGACUUGGACAGUUGUGAAUGUGCUGAUUAAAUUGCCAAAUAAUACAAACCACUGUAUCAGAUUGAUUAUCGAAAUGGUUUCUGAUUGGCUUGCCUUGAUAAAAUAGUAUUUUGCACAACCCCAAUUUCAAAAUAGUUAGGAUGCUGUGUGAGAGUUUAUAUGUCAUUAAAAAAGAAGAUAUUAAAAAAAAAAAAAAAAACACCUCAAUUGGUUAAGAUGAUUUGCAGGUUAGUAACAUGACCUAAAAAUUUAAAAAAGGCAUUUCGGUGAAGAGGUUUCCCACUAUGUGCGAGACUGCAUGAGCACAAAGUUCAACAGCACCAGCAUUAAUUUCCUUCUUAACUACCAUCUCCACUGCAAACUUUCAUAGUAAAAUACAGAGAAUCUGGAGAAAUCUUUGCAAAUACAAAUACUGGAAUGGCAUCCCAACUUUUUCUGGAGUUGGGGUUGUGUUGAUAUUUAAGUGGAGAUGAGUACAGCGCUUUGACAGCUACCCUAAAACUAAGUCCCUUUUUCCAGGAUCAGGGGAACUCUAAGUAAAUGUUAAGGAUUAACUCUAAAACUACACUUUGACAUAAUGGAAAGAAACAGCCAAUGAUAAGCUCUCACUGCUGAGACAAUCUCAACACUGUUGUUUUGGGGGGAUUUGAAAGAUUGCAGUGGACUUGUGAAAUGAUAUGUUGUCUGUGAAGGCUCAUGCUGAUGUCAUGUUACUGUUCUGGCUGUGAAAUUGUUUUUUAGGUCACUUUAACUUUUGUUUCUUCCGUCAUGGAAGUGCUCUGUAUUUCACUGUCCAUCCUCUGACUCAUGAAGGUUGUUGUUCAGGUUGUGGCAAACAUUUGCAUGGAAAUGGUCGACUUUUCACGAUGCAUCUCUGGAAAUAAAAAUGAACCUUUGUCUCUUUUGUUCACUGAAUUAACUGCGACUUCACCGAGUUGUUUCUCUGUUGGUGCACUUUUGCCAAAGAUGCACCUUUUCUAUCUUCACUGUUCUUUUAACUUUUUAAUAACUGAUUCAAAAGUCAAAGUCAAUGGUGAAUUUUAUAUCGGUACUGAUAUUAAAUGAAAAUAUUUUAUCAGAUUCCUUCCCUUCACUAGAACACGCAGGCAAAAGAACAAGCUCAGUCAUGAAUCAUGGAUCUUGCAGGUAAAUUAAGGCAAGCAAAUGCAAAACCAGAUGACGCAGUUCAAGAUGGGCCUGACAUGCUAAGAAGCUCAUAAAAAGCAUCAUGUACUUUGAUGUUAUUUGCAGUAAUUUUACAGCAAAAAACAAGAAGUUCAAAUGCUAAGAUUAGCAUCCAUUCACAUCAGCCCUGUGUGCUGACUAUUCUGACUCAACUUACUAUGACAGUGAUGUGCGUGAUAAGGGUGAGAGUGGUGUCAGAUGUUAGCGGUAAAAACUGAAAGCUCUUCCUGUUCCCCAGAUCACUGCUUCUCCUGUGUCCCUUUGUAGCAUUUACCUGCCUGUGUACCCCAAGUGCCCCUUUUGGUGAUUGUCGGAGUAACAAAACAAAACCGAAAAUAAUAAAGAUAAAAUGGCUCAUGCACCCUAUUUGAUUGUGUCACAUCAUGCAACAGGAAAAUUUGAACUAAAAUAUGGCCUGAUAUCCCUCUCAUAAUGAUGGCUUAAACUCACUAGUUUAAUUCACCCAACUUUGAACCAGCUAGAUGCUGGAUGUCAUCAUUAUGAACAUUUUUUGAGCAGUCAUAGCACUUUACGCUGAGGUGUUAGUGAAGCCCAGGUCGCUUUGACAGCAGCCCUCAGCAGGUCAGCAUUUUUUGGGUUUUGGGUUUCUCAUCUUCCCCCACAGAUACACUUUGGGGUCCAGGUCAGGCUGGUUAGAUGGCCAAACCAAACACAAUGAUAUUAUGAAUUGCAAACAAUUCAUUGGGAAGUUUUGGUGCUGUGGGCAGGUGCAAGUCCUGGCAGUUGAGUCGUGCCCCAUAUUCAUAAGUUGUAGUCCUAAAAGCAGGCAUUUACUGCUCUCUGAGUCUGUUUCCUUCUUUGUCUACUGUCCUAUGUCUAAAUAAAAAAACAAACAUAAAAUGUUACUCUAAAUAUCAGUGUAUGUAUACUAU